CACCGUGUCCCCAUGAUCCUCACACACACACACACACACACACACACACACACACACACACACACACACACACACACACACACAGAGACACACACAGUCUCGGGAUGAAGACUCCACACACACAUCGUCUGUGCGUCCUCGUCUUCCUCGUCCUGAACACUGCUCCAGCACGUCUGUCAGACUUUGCACCGUAUUUCCAUGAAAAUGGGAACAUGGCACUGUUUAGCAUCUCUGAAGACACUCCAGUCGGAUCUCAGGUGUUCACUCUGAAUGGGACCGACCCAGAGGGAGAUGAGGUCAGGUACGAUAUCAGCUUUGAAAACGGCUCUAAAGAGUAUUUCCAGGUCGAGCCCAAGUCAGGACGGGUCACUGUGAUCCAGGAACUGGACCGAGAGGUUGAAAAUGAAAUCGUGGUGUUGGUCAGUAUCACUGAUGGCAGGAAUAAGGUGGUAGAAAAAGUGCGCGUGUUCGUCUCAGAUGCUAACGAUGAAAAGCCUGAGUUUCUCGGCCUGCCCUACGUCGUCAACGUCCCCGAGGACACGGAGGCGGGACGCAGCAUCUUUAAAGUCCGAGCUGUGGAUAAAGACCUCGGCUCUGGAGGAAGUGUGACAUAUUUCCUGCAGAUGUCUCCCAGAACUAAGUUCACCAUCGAUGGUCACAGUGGCGUCCUGCGUAUCAAAGCGGGUGAAUCUCUCGACUACGAGACGUCCAGCACACACUUCAUCACUGUGGUCGCCAAGGAUGGUGGGGGUAAAUAUAACGGGAGACGCCAGGUGAUGACAUCAUCGGCCACCAUCACCAUUAACGUCCUCGAUGCCCAGGACUCGCCUCCCAGUUUUGUGGGAACGCCGUAUUUUGGAUACGUUUAUGAAGUAUCAGAGCCUGGUUCAGAGAUUUUCACCGUGACUGCGAGAGACGGAGAUCAGAUCAACCCUCGUCCGGUCAUCUACUCUCUCAUUAACGGAAGCGAUGGCUCCUUCAGCAUCAACAGCUCCAGCGGUUCCAUCAUUCUGAUGUCAUUCCCCAUCCAGCUGAAAAACGAGUUAUAUGAGCUGAAAGUGAAGGCCUCGGAGGUGGGGCCCCAGAAGGAGCUGCUGGACUCGGCCGUGACGCUGGUGACUGUCCGUGUGGUGGAUCUGAACAACCAUCCGCCCACGUUCUACGGCGAGAGCGGGAAGCAGGACAGAUUUGAGCUGACUAUGUACGAACAUCCUCCUGAGGGAGAAAUCCUGAAAGGGCUAAAGAUCACCGUCAACGAUUCUGACCAGGGAGCAAAUGCUAAAUUCAGACUCAGACUGGUUGGACCUGGGCGUGUUCUCCGUGUCGUUCCUCAGACCGUUCUCAACGAAGCCCAAGUCACCAUCAUCGUAGAGAACUCAAGUGCCAUCGACUAUGAGAAACACUCCUUCUUAACAUUCAAGUUGUUAGCAGUAGAAAUCGACACCCCGGAGCGUUUCAGUGCCACAGCUGACAUCAUAAUCCACCUUCAGGACGUAAACGACAACAUUCCCAGGUUUUCCUCUGAGUUCUAUGUUGCCAGGAUCCCAGAGAACUCGCCUGGAGGCUCCACCGUCACGUCCGUCACUGCAUUGGAUCCUGACUCAGGGCCUUGGGGAGAAGUGAAAUAUUCCAUCUACGGCUCAGGAUCUGAUCUAUUCCUCAUCCACCCCACCUCAGGGAUCAUCUACACUCAGCCCUGGGCAUCUCUGGACGCAGAGGUGAAGUCAAAGUAUAAUUUCUACUUGAAAGCAGAAGACAGCGAGGGGAAGUACAGCUUGGCCGAGGUGUUCGUCACGGUCCUAGAUCAGAACGAUCAUUCUCCAGAGUUUAACCAGAACGCCCUGGAGAAGACCAUGGUUCUCGGAGCUUCUGUGAAGAUAGAGGCAAUGGAUGAUGAUGCUGAGGAACCCAACAACGUGAUUGAGUAUUCCAUCAUGAAGACCGAGCCGAAGAAUGUUUUUGACAUCAACACCAGCACGGGCGAAAUCAAGCUCAAGCCGUUCAUCAAGUCCAUGGAGACAGUGCAGAACAUCACAGGACAGCAUGACUUCAAGUGGUCAGUGGUGGUGCAGGCACGAGAUCGAGGUUCUCCGUCGUUCAUGACCACCGCUUUGGUCCAGCUUCAAAUCACUGAAGCAAAUCAUCUCUCUGGCCCUGUGACAGCUUUUUUAAUGCAGAGCAGAGACAAUCCAGUAAAGGCUUUGGGCAUGGCUGCUGGGGUCAUUAGUGUGAUGGUGAUGGUCACUGUGGUGAUCUCCACGGCGAUGUACCUGCGCAACACAAAGUCUAACAGGAUCGGGCCUUCCCACCGUGUCAUCCGCCGCCGACGUGGAGAACCCCAGCACUGGAACUUCACUCUCGAGAACUCAAAGAACCCCAACAGGUCCCUUGCUGGUCAUGAUGUGGAGAGCAACCUGAAGAGCGACAGAUCAUGGUCCAAACCUCCACCACCGUGUGCACCACUCCUGCCUCCACCUCCACCGUGUAACAACCCCAGAAUGAGCAAGCAGCACAAUGCUGUGCCAACUGUCUCAGGCUCCCUAAGCUCGUGGAGCUCCAACGAGAGACCCAGCAGCAGCAGCAGAGAUCCAGAAGAUCAGCCUAACAAGAGGAGAGAGGGGACUGUCAGCUCAGCACUGGUCACAGAGCUGAAGAAAAGGCUGGAGCAAAAGAUCAUCGAGGCUAAUCAGGGCUACUACUGCUAAAAACACUGGCUUAGCAAACAUGCUAGCAUAGAUCCUCACUGCCAGAUUAGCAUAGAUCACUCUGCUAUCUCCGAAAAAAGAAGCAAAGGAGAUUACAAUCAGGAAACGCAACUCGAGGGUGGCAGUAGAUCCGAGUUAAUAUUCUGCUUCUGCUUUUUAUAAACAAUACGCAAAGAAAUAUCGAAACGCUAAUACUUCUGCUACGGCUAAUAAUAAUUAGGUGUAUACAAAUAAAAGGUAUGUAAAUAGUGCUGAGGCGAACGGUUCUGGUUUCAGAUUUCACUAAUUAAAGCUGCUCCAUAUAAAGGAAGAAGCAACUAGAAUUAAAGAGAUCAUUUAUUUACUGUAUCAUUUAUCGUAGUUUAUAAUGCAGUAGGUUCUCCAGAGUUUCUUCACUCUGACUCUGACUCUUAGACUCUGCUGAGCUAAACCCAUCGCUAACAUCUGCAGGAACAAAGAAGACAUGUACAAAGAAAAGAUGGAGUCAGAAUUUUUCACUUUCAUGUUUCUUUUUUUUUUGCGACACAAAUUUCCCCUCUUUUGGUGUCUGAACUUUAUUUCUCCGUACGUUCCCACAGAUUGUGUUGCUUGUAGUUUGUUUCUUGUGGGCGUGGCCUGUCCGGCAUUAGGGCUGAUGUCAUUCGAUAGCUACUGUACUGUAUGUGCUAUCUUUUUUCUUGGAGCUAACCAUGCUUGCCGUGUACAUUUGCCAGAGGGGAAGCAGAUCUCUACUUUCUACUGCUUUAUGUUUCUCUAUAAUGUCUCUAUACACAUUUAAUCCAAGGAAGCGUUCAGGCUAAUCGUCUGUUAGCAUGGAUGUAGGAUUAGUGUUGCACUGGAGCUAGGAAGUUAAUGUAGCUAAGAAGUAAUGUGUAAAAUUUUCUUUAAACUUUCUGCCUCAAACCACACCCACUAAACAAUAACUAAUAAGGAGCGUAACUCCUUAUUUGGUAGCAUGACUCCACCCCUAGCCCCACCCCCUACAGGUUUGAAGGCAGAAUUGUAGCAGAGGUUUAAAUAUGUAAAUACGCUGUGCACUAUAGUUACUGUGUAAGACAAAUAUUUAAAAAUAAGAAGAUAUUAAUUUACGAAAGAUUAAUGUUAAUGGACAUCAUACACCGAGCACCAAUCAGACAUGAGACACCAGACAUGAGACAUUAGACAACAGACCCAAGACACCAGAUAUCAGACACCAGACAUGAGACAUUAGACAACAGACACCAGAUAUCAGACACCAGACAUGAGACAUUAGACAACAGACCCAAGACACCAGAUAUCAGACACCAGACAUGAGACAUUAGACAACAGACACCAGACACCAGAUAUCAGACACCAGACAUGAGACAUUAGACAACAGACACCAGACCUCAAACACUAGACAUUAGACAACAGACAUUAGGCAUCAGACAGUAGACAUGAGAUAUCACACAUAAGACAUCAAAUACCAGACUUGAUACAUCAGACACAAGACAUUGGACACAUCGUUUCUUUGCUUUUCUUUACUUUUCUUUAUAUAUACUAGUUUCCUCACCUUAGUAGGAUUUUGUACUCAACAGUUGUUUCUUUAGUCAGCUCUUGUAACAUAUAUAUAAUAUACAAAAAUACAUGAAUGUUUUACAAAAAUCUAAAUCAAAUAAUGCUCACGUUAAACACGUACGGAAGCGUAUUGCAUUCACUUCAGGAAAAAAAAUCUACUCUGUUUUUAAGAAUUAACGACUUAAUUAUCUCAGAUUUAUGAGAUCAUUUUUCAUUAAAAAAAAAAUGUAAUUGUUCUGUUUUGGUUCUGAUCCCUCAAAAUCCUGCCAGGAGCUCUAUUUUAGGUGGAUUGCAUGGAAGUAAACAUGUCCCGCCUUUCAAGUUUAAGGGAUCAGAAAAAAGGUAAUUCAGAAAAACAGAGUAAAAUAAUUUUUUUCAUGAAGAUUAUUCUCAUAAUUCUGAGAUAAUUAACUCAUUAAUUCAUAAAAACAGUGAAAAAAUGUUUUUCAAAAUAUGUAUCUUAUA